CCCCCCCUGCCACCCAUGUCACGCUAUUUGCAUUUGGGUUAGCGACCGAUUUGCACUUACAAUUGCAGUGUGCGAUUCCUUGCCAUCCCGUCUCCCGUAUUCUUCUUCGUCAUAUUCUUCGUACUCUAGGGUCCAUUACGUAAGCACUCGGCGUAAAGGCCAGAGGCACGGAACACCGUUCUGAUUUUAUUUUGGAAAGACACGGGAAAAUCAGGUCGAGGUGCGAUACUUUCACGCAAGUGACAAUCAUUGCUCGAGCGAGCGAUUAUUUAGAUAAAAAUGGUAAUACAGAAUGCAUAAGAUGCAUUGGCAGUGGAAUAAUGUUAUGAAGAGCAUGGAAUUUAUUAAUUAUGCAUUACCAUUGGUUUAACGUAAGCCUUAAGACAAGCAGGAAGUGUAUCGUGCAAUAGCAUAAAUGAAAUGACGUUCAACGGUCUUGAUAAUCUUCUUAUCAGAGGUUAAUAUACGAAAACGAUGCACCACCUGUAUCCAACCUCCACGGGAGAUCCUCUCUGUCCUUUGGGCUUUCAUCCGCAGGUGCGAUGGCCCACGAGGUGCAAGAGGUGCUUUAGAGAUUAUAAAGACCAUAAAGAUCCUGGAGGGAAGAAAUCUUCAAAAGACGCUACAGCGUCAUCGCCAAGUCUUUCGAUAUGGAAACAAACGACUACUCGUUCGACAGAGAGUAACGAGGGCAAUGGACGCAGCUGGGCCUCGACAUCGAGUCUCGUGAAGGAUGAAGAAACCAAUGCCGAAAGUAUGCAUAAAGCCGAGAGCGCGAGCGCUUGGUGCUCGGCAAUGGACUUGUCGAGCUUAAGUCUAAGCGACCUGAGAACGCAGGAGCCCGAGGUAACCGUUACCAUAAAACCGACCAGGCCCAAGACCUACGCUGGUUGCCAAUCUGACACUUACAAUUUUCGCCGUUUCUCGAUGAACGAGAGUCCGACCGAUGGAUGCAAUCAAGAACCCGCGGCACCCCAGUCCAAGCACAAGCUCCAAAUCAAAAACGUAAUCGACAAAUCCAACGGGACGACAUCCAAUAAUGACGCCGAGUUUAUUAUCCAGGUAAGAAAAUCGCGAAUCACUGAACGAAUUGGAGCAAAUGCCGAGUCAACCGAAAAAGAGAUGCUGGGGGGGAAAACCGAAAACCAAGAGGAUGAUAAGGUCAAGACACAAUUAAGUGACAUGAGGGCGAGAUGCGAAAGACUUGAGAAAGAAAAGGCUGAGAUUUUGCUGCGUCGCCUCUCCACCAUGGAUUCGACAUCUUUAAAGUCAUGGGGAACCGAUGUUCUCAAACUUCAAAAAACUGUAAAAGAUUUACAAUCGAAAAAUGAUACUCUCACAGAGGAACGGACCAGCCUUGUUGCAAAGAUAAAGAGCCUCGAAAAGGAAUUGAACCUGAAGACACAUAAAAAUGAGAGGGAGCGAGCGAACGAAGAGUUGCGCUCGAAGCUGAAGGCUGCAGAAAUGCUCUGCGAAAGUCUGAUGGACGAGAACGAGGACAUGAAGAAGGAGAUACGCGAGCUCGAGGAGGAAAUAUAUGAGAUGCAGGACAAUUUCAGAGAAGAACAAGUUGACGAAUACACUACAAUAAGGAAGAAUUUGGAACAGUCGAAUAAAAAUUGUCGAAUUCUGUCGUUCAAACUGCGAAAAAUAGAACGCAAAGCAGAACAGCUGGAAGCAGACAAAACAGAUUUGGAAAAAAAAUACGAACAAAUUAAAAAGAUAGAAGAUAUUCUGAAAAAAAUUGGAACUGAGUAUAAAAAUCGAUCGAUAAAGAAACUAACAGAAUAUCCGCAGAAAAUGCAAUUGGAAAAGUUAAUCAGUGGGAUCGAGAAAGACAUAGGAGAUGUAAUAAGUGCAAUGCUAAAAAUGAUCGAUGGGAGAGAAUCGGGAAUCGUACAUCCUAAUUUUAAAUAUGACAAAUUAUGUAAAGAGCAUGAACAAUUAAAAGAAAAGUAUAACAAGACUUUGAACGAGUUAACGCACGAGAAAGAAAAGAAGACGAGGACGGUAACGACCGUAAAGGAUUCGAAAAAUGAGGAUUUAGCUAAUUUGAAGAAAAAACUGGAGGAAAGCCAGGCAUCGCGUGAGCUCGAGCGCAAGUCGUGGGACACGGAGAAGGUCAAACUCCAGGAGGAAAAAGAGAAGUUUAAGUCGAAAUUGCUCUCGCUGUCGGCUGAUAAACUCAAGGUCUACAACGAAGUCGUCCAGCUCAAAAAGGAUCUUGAAGUUGCAACGUCCUCAAAGAAAGAAACCGCACGAAUGGAGAUUCUCAUAGCAGAUCUAAGGAAGGAAGUCUCACAGGAAAAGGACCGUAACAAAAAACUUCACGACGAUCUCUCUACAUUAAGCGAAAAAGAAUCAAAACUCGCAAGGUCUUUGACCACGGUUGAGACAGUAAAAAUUCAGCUGGAGAAUGACUUGAAACAAACAAAAUUGGAAUUAGAAAAUACAAAAAACACAACAUCCACAAAGGUUGCAAAGGUUACGACAGAAUUGUCGAUUUUAAAGAAAGAAAAAGAAAAAUUACAUACACAAUUAGAAAAAGAGAAACAAAAUAAAGAUUUGGAAAUAGCAUCGUUACAAAAAAAGAAUUUAAUGCUGGAAAAGGCUAGUUUAAUUUCAAAAAAGAUGGAAAAUUUGAAGCAAUCGUACGAUGAGAAAAUUUCAAAUCUUGAGAAUGAUAUGAAAAAUGAAGUUCAGAAAUUCAACGAUUUGAAGGACAAGCAAGAAAAACUUUCAGAAUCUAAGUUACAACUGGAGAAAGAAAACCAAUUACUGAACGGGCAAUUGCUAGACCACAAACAGGACUGCAUAACACUGCAAGCGGAACUGCAGGAGGUCCGACAGUUCUACAAAUCCAAAGAGAUGGAAUGGUCGGCACAAAAAUUGCGUCUCGAAAGACAAUUACACGAAUACGAAAAGACGGCGAUUUCUCUAUCGCAAGCUGAUUUACGGGAAGAAAAUUUGAGACUGAAGAAGGAAAGCAGCUCAUUGACGCAACAAAUCGAGGAUUUGAAGAAGGCUAACGAUGACCUAAGCAGUAAACUGCAGGACUACACGCACGUGGCGAAGAUCCAGCGCAACUUCUCGACGGACAGCUCGGUGCUGGAGUCGGAGCUGAAGAAGGCAAAGAACACGGCAGCGAAUGCGGAAAAGGCGCGGAAAGCCGACCUCGCUCAAUGCAAGCUGCGUUAUGAGCAGCGGGUCGCGGCCAUCGGCGACGAGAUUAAAUCCAUCCAAGCCCAGCUGACGAGAUAUAAGCGCGAGCGAGACACCUAUAAGCAGAUGCUCGAGGGGGCGCAGAAGAGUAUCGCCGAGUUAAAGAGUACGAGACCGCGGAAGUCGUCAACCUCGUCCAUUGGCAAAUCUGACGAGGAUGAAGAGGUGUCCAAUGCAACUCGUGCUUUAUUGGAAAAGCAAAUUGUUACGAUCGAGGAUGAGCUUUCGGAAGCAAAACUCGAGGCCUCCAAGUUAAAGACGGAAAUUGUGUCUGAAAAAUCUGCCUCGGAGAUUAAACUUUCGGAAAUGCAGUCACGAAUCAACGAGCUGGAGGAGGAGAGGCUGUUGGCAAGCGGGCGGACAAAAAUGCCGGGGAUGAAGGUGCGGAUGGAGUUGGCUUGGCAGAAGGAGCGCGAAGAUCAGCAGCGCCUCCUACAGGAAACGGCGACGCUCGCCCGCGACCUCAGACAAACGCUCUUUGAGGUGGAGAGAGAACGUGAUAAGGAGCGUUUGGAGAACAAGAGAAGACAAGAUCAAUUGAAGAAAAUAUUUGACGAAGAGAAGGAUGAAAAUAAGAAGAAGCUUAUCGAGUUGCAGUGCGAUCUGCUGGAGUUGCGCGAUGCACAUGCAAAGUUGCGCACGAGCAACGAGAAGAUGCGUCGGGAAAAGGAGCGCCAGGAUCGGGAGCGGGAAGAUCUUCGUGGGAUGUUGACCAGCAAACGCCGCCAAGAGCAGACAGAGGCACGCAACCUCAACAUCCUCCUCCAGCAGGUCGACGAUCUUAUGAGGCUCUUCCCGGAGAUAAAUGGGGUCCAGGGGCAGCAGUCGCCUGAAAUUUACACACCAACACCGCCGAGAAGACUCAAGGGGCCUAAAUCCAGAGAAUCGUCGCCAAUGUUGGAUUCGAAGGACGAUAGCAAGACAAAUUUGUUUAUACCCACUGCAAAGACGGAAAAAUUAGAAUAUACCAUUAACAAAUUAAUGGAAGUAGCCAAGGAAUUGCAGGAGAGCAAAAGAGCUGCUGACGAAAGUGCAACUCGUUCUAAAAAAUUGGGAAAACGGUCAUCGUCGAUAGACAAUACCGAAAAAAAUAGUAUUUCAACUCGUUCCAAACCAAGUUUAAAAAGAAAAAGUCUGUCAUUGGAACAAACGUCAGGAAAGCAUGAACAAUCGAUUUGGAGAAAUAAUAGUAACGUUUCAAGUUUACAAUCUCUCAAUGGAUCUGACGUGGAUAAUCGUCAUUAUAAUCUCCAGCGAGACUCCAGUAUUGAGAGUCAUUUAUCGAACGAAUCUACUAAAAGUGAAAUUCUACGUCAUGAGAAGAAAUACAGCAAAGGAAUAAUUCGUAGAAUUACUACGAAAUUAACAAAAUCAGCAAGUGUCGAAGAUUCAAAUAGUUCACUCGAAUCAUCGCUUCAGACUUCAGCAUCGGAGACGAGUCUUAUUGAGAACACGAAAAAAGAUAAGAAGAAUCUGAAGAAAAAGUUGUCGAACAUGUUUAAGCGGAGCUCGAAAAGCAACGGGUUAGAUAAAAAAUUGGAUUCAAAGGAUAACAGUAGACCUUCUUCGAGAAAUUCAACGGUAUCGUCAAAACUUUAAAGUUUUAAGCAACUCCUAGCAAAUUAAUAACAAUUUUUUCAUUUGUUAGUUAAUUUUUAUGUGUAAAGAAAGCAAACCUUUACCAGAUAGGCAUUUUAUUGUAAAUACACGCGUAUAUCUAUUCAGCUGUAUAAUAAUUCAA